CUCCCCUCCCGACAUGGCCCUCGUAGACGAGGCUUGGGAGGACUGCGGCCAUCCCGCCGACGCCACCAUGCCCGCCAGCGGCUGGCGGCUAGAGCCGCUGUCGCUGCAUGGGGCGUUACGGCCGCUGCUGGCGGUGGGGGCACUGGACCUGCCGCAGAACGACCCACGGGUCGCGGCGGUGAUGCGGUUCCUGCAGGUGCAGGCGGCACCGCCCGCGGAGGCGGUAGCGACGGCACUGGCCCCGCUAGCCUCCCCAGGCGCCUCCGAAACCGCAACCACCACCUCAACCACCACUAACAACAACAACGUAAACAACGGAACGAACGCAGCCACUGCUGCUGCAGCUUCCGCCUCGGCUUCCGGCAGUGGUGGUAGCAGCAGCAACAAUCCUACCAGCGGCGGUAGCAGUAGCAUCAGCAUUGUCAGCCGCAGCUACAGCCCCCGCUACUCUGCUGCGGUUUGGCGGCUGGUAUGGCAGCUAAUGCGGCGGGAGGGGAGGUUGCUGGCGGGGUGGAGGGCGGCCGCGGAGCUGGACAGCCUGCAUCAGGCGCUACAGGUCGGCACUCGCGCGCUGCCCCCCGGCUCCUCCUCCUCCGCUGCUGCUGCCGCCUCCGGCUCCCUCACCUGGCAGGUCCGCAUGGGCGCCCCCGCGGUGUCCGCCGCCGCCGCGCUGGGGGAGAGCAGCCCCCCGCAUGUUCGGCUGGCGGUGGGGGUGCUGCGGGUGUGGCUGGGCAGCAGAUGGCUGCUGGGCAGGACGAGUGGAGGGGGAGAUGCAGCAGGAGAUGCAGCAGGGGCAGGAGCAGGGGGAGGGCAUGCAGGAGCAGCAGCCGCAGGGUUGGGAGGAGGAGGUGCUGGAGGCAGGCCGCAGCAGGCGCAGCCGUUUGGGCAGUGGAUGCGAGCAAUGUUGGAGGGGCCAGCAGCGGUGGGGGGAGGAGCGGUGGGGGGUGCAGCAGCAGGGGCGGCAGCAGGGGCAGCAGGGGGAGCUGCAGGGAGAGGCGCAGUUGACUUGCCACUGGAGGAGAAGGAGCCCGCUGUGGCCCUCCUGGUAGACGACUUGCAGCGGCUGCACGCCCUCGCCCCCGACCUGGCCCUCGACUGCGUGCGGGACGACCCCGCCAAGUACCCCCCACCACCCCCUCCUCCUGCUGCUCCUGGUUCUUCCUCAGCCCCAGCUGCUGCUGCCCUGCCACCCGCCAUGCAGGGCCCCCAUCAGCCCCAAGACCCCCGUCGGCCCCUCCAGCAGCAACCCCAACCCCCCCAGCACCCCCAACCCCCCCAGCUGCUGGGCGGCGGCGGAUCCGCGCUGCUCUCCAGCCAGGAGGUGGGCCGCAUCAACCAGCUGGAGGGCUUCCUGUCCGCCCUGGGUGAGCACCUGCGCGCCCACCCCGCCGCCAAGCCACUGCUUACCCUGCUGCAGCCGCGACUGCCGCCGCUGCAUGACAAGCUGCUGCGCUUCCUGCACAAGCACCGGGGGGCGCCAGGGGGGGCCAGUCGGGAGGCGGUGGCGGCGAAACUGGUUCGGGACUUCAACGCGGGCGAGCUGGACGCCAUGCGGUCGGCACAUCUGCCGUGGCGGCCGGCGCCUGGGGGCACCAAGGCGACCAAGGCGGCGGAGCUGGCGGAGUGGAUUUGCGAGCGGCAGGGGGACUACCUGGAUCAGCAGGGGGCGGUGCUCUUUGGAGGAGGACGACGGAGGCAUAACUGGGAGUUCUUCUUUUAAUCGAUGAUGGGGGAGGCGGAGGAGCGCUGGGCGGCGGUUGGGCGUUGAUUACACUAGGGUUAUGCGGGUCAGGUGCGUGCAUUGGUUGCAGUGUGCAGUGCGAGGUGUUGGAUUGCAAGUAGCUGGUAGUACGUUUGCAGAGGCUGGGUGUUUGGUGUUGUGGCGAAUUGGGUUGGCUGCACACCAGGCGAGGGUGUUGAGCAGGCGUGGGAUUGAGGCGCGGCCACUCUUCUGGGUUGACUAUCGUUGUGUACUCGUUGACUUCUGUACUCUGGUGUGUUACGUUGGACCGGUGCACCUUUUGGAGUCCUGUAGACUGCUGUGGGGAGUGUUCCGUGCGUCCGAAUCUCCAAGAGCUUACACGGAACUGUUGUACACGGGUCUGUUUGGCAAUUAAUUUUGAGUGUAAACACCAGCGCACCGUUUUACAAGACUACAUUCGCAAGGGAAUACAACGCGUUCCGGUCUAGCCAGGCAGGCUAGUUACGAGAUGUUCGUCCGGUUUAAUUGCGGUUGUGACGCCAACGCACAGUUGCAAACUAUACAUGCAGUACGCGCAUACAGUGUUUCCGUAUUAGUCAACUGGGCUAAGACGAGAGAUACGAGAAACCAGUCCGGUUAAGGGCCCCUGACGGGCAGCCUUUUGAGUGCACAAGCCGUGUGUGCUUGCCAUAGUACGCAUGGUGCGUGAUCCGCAUACUGGGUACUGGUUUUAAGCAAGCUAAAGAGGGAUUGUUACUUGGGCGGAACUAAUGAGCAUGCUGCAGUGUUUGCCCUCGUUCAAGGUAGCUUGUCGCCGUGUAGCCAACACCGGUACGGACAAUCACGACGCCACGACAGUAACAGCCCUCCAUGGGCGGCCAAUGCAUCCGGGUCCGCUUAUUUAUGGUGACUAGUAAGCAUGCUACUAUGCAAUUCCGUUAUGGCAUUGACAAUAGACCCAGAGUAGGUGGCUACACCGUCCGGUUUCCAUAUGCCGGUUCUCGCCGUUCAACUCUUUAGCCUCCUAACGAGAUGGCGUGGCCCAUACAUACACGCUUUACGCGUUUACAUUAUUUAGUGCAGGUUUUCUUAUUUUGUUUGGCGGGACCUGCAACUGCCAUUUCACUUUCCGGUCCGCGCUGCGGAGAAUACUGCAGCCAGCAGCAUAUUACCAGCUAUGUAGGACCACUAGAUACAACACUUCAGCUGCAGGCGGCCUUGGACGGCCUGUCCUAUAAGCGAGAAAUCAUCGUUGCCCAUCAUGCGCAGCUGGAUAUGGCGUACCAGAUGGUGCAUAGGUGGCAGCGCUUUGGCUAUUGGCACCUGCUUUUGGUCUUCCCAGACGAGUUAAUGUGUCAGAGGAUUCGCGGGGCAUUUGACAAAUUGGGAUGUGGCUGGUUCGCGGACCACAACACAGUCGCCUGGAGCGUCAAACAGCAAGGCGGCUGCAAGGGCUGCACGGACAAAUGGCUAAUCCACUACAUAGGCGCACGUGCUGUGCGUAUGGGUUACAACGUGUUGGUUUCGGACGCGGAUACGAUGCCCAUCUACGACUUUUACGGGUUCAUCCAUUCUCCGCCCUACAACAACAUCACACUCUACAACCAGCGGGAGGGCAACUUUAACGUCAACGGCGGCAUGUACUACAUUCGCAACGCCUCCAGGGGCGGUCCGGUGGCCUACGUGCUGUACGACCACAUCCUGAAGAACGUGCGAUGGUACGAGGACGUGACCCCCCUGCGUGCCUCGGUGGGUCUGCCGCCCUCCGACGCCUCCACCGGCCUCAUCCCCGGCUUCCUGUGCAACGACCAGUUCAGCCUCUCGGACUCGGUGCACGGGGCCAUCGUGGGCAGGCCGCAGAUAUUUGAGUGUGUGUUUUGGCAUCACCCCCGCCGCAAAGAGUGGGGGGACAUGUACCUGGACAUCUACCGUCGCGCGGGGCCGCAGGGUGACAAGGGUUUCGGGCCGUACGCCAAUGUCAAGGUUGCCGUACCCGAGAUCCUGCGGCGGGGCUCUGGGGGGGCGGCGGAGGCGGACAUGGUGGUGGCCCCGCUGCGCAUUCCGCACGCACAUGGGCAGUGGCCGGCGGAGAGGGGUGGCUACCCGUUCGGGGCGGAGCUGGGGCCGCUGGCGCAGCGGGUGGUGCAGCUGUUUCGGGAGGCAGGCGGCAGCGCGGCGCCCUUCCCCGACCCCAACGACCCCGCCUCAGCCGCCCUCGCCGACUCCAUCCCCCCCGAGAACUUUGCGUACUUCCCCGCCUGGAUCGCAAACACACACAGCAUCGGACGCGACAACAACGGUAACGACGGUUGGUACAACGACCACCUAACCGGCGAGAUCCCAGCCGCCAUUAGUCACCUCCAUGCGGGCCUUACGAGCGGAGAUUUCACCAAGGUCGUACAUUUCGGUGUGGAGGUGCCGUACGGUUGGGAUUACGACAUUGCGCUCAAGAUUGCGCCCCAGACCGCCCCCUACCUGGGAACGGAGCUGCAUGGGCGGGUGCCGCCGCUGCUGGCGCUGGCUCCCGGGGUUGCACAUGCGCGGCUGGGGCAGCCGGAGUUCUCGGCGUUGAUGCGGGGCCUGCUGCGUCUGGCCCUCUCCCUGAACCGCGCUGUGGUGUGGCCCUGGGUGCCCUGUGAGGCGCCCUUCCUGCGCCGCGAAGGAGCCACCCACGACCCCCUCGCCGCGGGCCACAAGAUCCCCUGGUCCGACUACCUGAACACGACGGUGGCCAUUCCGAAUGGACCGGGGAGCAAGUCGCUGCAGUCCGGCCUGCGUUGCCUGGUGUCCUGGACCGACAAGCUCAGCUGCCUGCGCGGCGGCACCCACCCGGGGGCGGCGCUGUCGUCCCCGCGGGGGCUGCUGCCACACGAGUUCGACCACUGGCUUGAGACCACCAGGCGGCAGCAGGCGGCGGCGGGGGGGGCCCUGUUGGACCCCGCCCCGAGCAACACGGUCCAGGACAUCCUGCAGGCUCGAGGGGGCAGCAGUGGGGGGGCACCUGCAGCUGCUGCUGCCCCGUCACCGGCUCUCACACUCACACUUGCGGAUCUAGCCCUGUUGGAGGCAGAGUCCUCUGCGCCCUUCUGGAAUACCACCAGCAGCAUUGGCGGCAGCAGCAGCGGCGGUAGCAGUAGCAGCGGCUUCCCGCCCGUGUUGUGGUUGCGGGGGCCGGUGGUGGUCCCGCAGCUGCCCACUCCUGAGAUGGAGAAACUGUACGACAAGAUUGUUGCGUUUUGUUGUGUGGUACAGGACCCGCCAACUAGGGAGUGCGUGGACAGGUCGCCCGGGGCUCAGAUGAUAGCGAGAUAGCGGCGCGUCACUGACGGGGUAGCACUGAUGGGGAUACUGUGUGCAAACUGGGGUUACUCGCAACGAAUUGGGUUGGUAGCAGUGGGGGGCACUGGGGAUUAGGGAGUUGUGACGGGAGCCAGGGGCAGCAGCGGCAGCUAGUGGGGGGCUUCUUUUGCUGUGUGUCAUUGCAAUGAACGAGGGAAGCGAAUGUCGGUGUGUCUGUAGUGAAUAUAUGAGAGAUGCUUUUACAUGAUUGUGAGCAAGUGGAGAAACGGUGGACAGGGUGUGGGUCAUGAGGGUUUUAGGCGCUUGUGUUGUCGUGAACCAUUUUCGUGACUUGAGGUGCUUCACUGCCAUGCCGUGACUCCAAACCUUCAGGGAGUAGACUUGUGGAUGAAGGAGCGUUGGUUCGGGUGGUGAGGUGAAAUCUUGGUGGAUUGAAAACGGGUGCGACCAGGCUCUUGAGGGUGAGCGAGUAAAAGAUUGGUGGGAUUGGCGCAAGCAUGGGCGGGCGAGGAAGUCGCCUGGGUGCACUCGACGACUCGAGGUUUUCCCGAGGUUAAGGCCCGAAGUACAUUAUGAAGUCCUGAAGAACAGGUGUAUGAGGGAUAUUAUGAUCAGCAAUGUAGUAUGGGUGGUCUGUUGCUAUUCCAGUGGUUGACAAGAUCAACGUCAACGCCGACGUACGGUUCGGUCAGUUCCAGGGCAAGCAGCGCAGCUGUAUGGCUGCCAACAUUUGCUGCAAGACAGCUUUUGCUUUCUUCGAUUCUUUAGUUGCGUGGAUUAGCCUGUAUUGCAUAGCUGUGCUUCGCCCAUGCUUACAGUAAUUCAAAUAGGGUUGGUUUGUAUGUUGUAACAAGACUUGAUAAAUUCUAAGUGACCAUCGUGUUUACCAACGCCGUUAAGCCAUGGUGGAACAGCUGCGGUCGCGGCGACUUCUGUGGGCAUUGGCGCUGGUCUUUGUUGUGCACCUCUCAGGGUCAAGUUGCUGCGCGUUUCAUUAGCUCCAAGUCAAGCUUACUGACCGCCAACCGCCAUGACAUUCCCCACCGGCGCCUGUCCGCCGAGGCGACGGCCGUCCACCGGAGGUCCACCGCUGCUGCCACCAACGCCACCCUAGCCCCAUCGCAGUCCUCUUCCACUGCCUCCGAUCCUUCACUGUGCAUCAACGUACAAAUCGUGUACGUUGGUUCCCCACAGCUGGGUGAAUCCCUGUUCACCACCGACAUCUGCGACGCCGCCGAAUCCGAAAUCAGCAACACUUUGACCAGGAUGGCAGCCUUCUAUGAGCUAGGGUUGAGCAGCCCUUUCGCGUUGACGCGGUGCGAGGACAAGCUCAUCUCGGUGUGUGGCGGCUUUGGUGACGUGGCCGCCGCUGCGGAAGCGCUGCAGGUGCAGCUUCAGAUGCUGGCGAGUAUGUGGCUGGAGGCGUCGCUAGAUAAGGGCGGCCCAUGCGCACCUAAAUGGUCCGACAACCAGUUUGUGGUGACGGUGGAGAGCGAGGAGCAGAGGCCGCUGGCGCAGUACACCCCCAGCUGCGACAUCUAUAUCGAGGACUCCAUGUUCCCCAAGCACAGUUGCAACCACAAGGCCUACGCCACCCCCUUCGCCAUCAGCAAAGCCACGGAGGAGUACAGCACGCAGGACGGCCAGGCCACCGGCUACUGCUUCACGGUCAGGACCGUGCCGCCCACCAACCCCAAGGGCGCCUGCGGGCGGUCCAAGAUGGUCCUCAAAAUGGAGUUCUUCGCCAACGCGACUCUGCGCCGCAACCUCACCGCGGUGCGGCUCAGGGAGCAGGGCCCCGAGGGCGGCGACCGGGCCGUAGUGGCCAGCUGGGCGGUGGGGGGGCAGAACCUGAUGCGGGUGUUGGGCCUGAAGUGGGACAUGGCUGUCAUCAAGAACGCGCCGCAGGUUUGCUUGGAGCUGUCGGCGGGAGUGUCGUUGGCUGACUUCUGCGCGGGCGGCUUGCAGCGGUGUUUCGUGUGGCUGUACGACCGCAGCCUCAACUGCUGUCCGCAGUACUCGGCGCUGUGAGGAGGGCUUGAGUGGGGCACAUGAGGGUCGCAGCUGUGUGAGGUGAUGUUCCUGGUGAGGAAGUGCGGGGUCGCAGCUGCUUAGCUAGCGGGGUGAAGGGUAACGUUCUCGAGGCGGCAUGUGGUGUGCGAACCUGUGGUUAAUAAAGCAACACGCAGCAGGUAGAUUCAGUUGACGCAGAUAGAAGGAUAAGAACUUGCUGAAAUGGAAAUUGUGAUUGUACCGUAUGUAUGGAGGCGCAUGCGGCGGGACAUCUCCCCAUAGUCAGGGACGUUCAUCAUUCAUGUGCAUAUGGCCGUGCCACGUUGAGUUAUCCCGUGUACUGCAUACACGUGUGAAGCACCGUAAUAGCUAUAUGACACGUUGGCAGUCUACCAUAGUUGUGAGCCCCGGGGCGAGCGCCAACGUGACUUCGUUCGGCACAUCCUUUGUGUGCGUGUGAAGAGUGGUUCACCAAGUAGUUCACGCCAAGCCGUUAGUCAUGCCGUACUAACUAUGUACGGCACUUUGCAGUGUGUGGAGCGGUGGAUGUUCACGAACCCGUUGGUUCUUUUGAGCAGCUCAAAAUGCUGUGUUUUACGCAUACGCAUACACCCUUGAGCACACGUAGGCCUGCAGCUGUGGCAUUCAGUGCAUUUGCUCCUCUUUGCGUGCGUGAAGUAUUUCUCUAUACCGUUUUUGACACUACGUGGCCUCCUCUGAACUUUGCUUUUUACGGGUAUACGAUGUCUCACUGCUUGUAAUUUGCUUCAAACCCACCAA